UAAACCGAAAUUCGACAGGACUUUUUUCCCGGAACAGCUGCCAACAGUUUAUAAUCCCGUGUUUCUUUAUUUACGCAGUGUUCCGUGUUCGUGAUCGCGGGUCGAGAGUCGGCCGCUGUCCCCACGUACUAAAUAUUCUCAGUAGUGUUCUUGCGUGGGUAUUCAUACGUGAUUUUCCAGUGUCAUAGAGCGCAGCCCCAACAAGCGCAUAGUUAAAAUCCAAUCAGCACACGCCGUACGCGUACAUGCAGACCAAUCGCGCACACAAGGUGCGCUCCACCUUGUGCACGGACGCAUGCACGUAUGUAUACAAAGAAGCCCAUCAUCGUCAUUGGCAGUAGCCGUAGCACCAGCAGCAGUAACAGCAGUGUGAAAAGAUUACAAAGAAAGAGAAUAGAAGUAGCUAGCAGUGAGUGAACGCGAUAAGGUAGCAGCGGUUCGUCGCGUCGCGCAAUCAUGGCAACCCGAUGAAUUCUCGCUCCGAAAAGGAAACUACGAACAGAAAGAUACACCUAAAGUGAAGUCUGAAUAGUGAAAUUGCGUAAAAGUAAUAACCGAGCUCCGUAAAGACAGGCGACACCUGCGUGCCACGACGAUAACAACCGUGGUUUCGUUUUAUAUACCUGGUAUAAAUUACCGCAGGUAUACUACCGGACGCGCAGUCACGCGUAUACCUGGAAAAACGAUGAGUCAAUAGACGGGCGUUCGUCUCUCUCUUCGCACUGUAUCCAAAUGAAUCUUAAACGGCUUCGUGGCUCGCAAACCGUCGAAGUUAAAACAAGUGAAUCGGGGAAUUGAACCAGCGGUUUUUUGAAAAUCGAACGUCCCGAACCGCCGCUGACCCCUACGGGGUCUAAACCUUAAACGCGAUCGCGGCUCGUUAACCGUCGGUGUUAAAACAAGUGAAUCGGUGAAUCGAAUCAGCGGUUUUUUGAAAAUCGAACGGCCCGAACCGCCGCUGGCCUCAAUGUUCCACCCAGCUGGCAGCGACUCUGCUUCCUCGUCACCCGCGCUCUUGUCCUCCUCGUCGGCCGUCGUCUCGAGGUGAUAACAGCCGCCUGAAGCAAGGCGCUAACGGUCGAUACACGCGGUAAACCGAACCGAAUUCCCUUAGACAGAGCAACCUGCACUCUAAACAUGAACGGCCUCAGCUUGAGCGAGCUGUGCUGCCUCUUCUGCUGCCCCCCAUGUCCGUCCAGGAUCGCGGCGAAGCUCGCCUUCCUUCCUCCAGAGCCGACGUACUCCUUCACCGAGGACGAGGCCUCCAGUUCUAAAUUCACCAUCGCCCUCUCGGAGCGUGCCGAGUGGCAAUACACGGAACGCGAGAAGGAAUCCGUCGAGGGUUUCUACGCCCGCACCUCCCGCGGGAAUCGGAUCGCCUGCCUGUUCGUCAGGUGCUCGGCAACCGCGAGGUUUACGAUACUAUUUUCCCACGGAAAUGCCGUCGACCUCGGACAGAUGUCCAGCUUCUACCUGGGCCUCGGCUCCAGGAUAAACUGCAAUAUAUUCAGCUACGAUUACUCUGGGUACGGGGUAUCAGGCGGCAAACCCUCGGAGAAGAAUUUGUACGCCGAUAUCGACGCCGCUUGGCAUGCUCUCAGGACCAGGUACGGCAUCAGCCCUGAAAACAUCAUCCUCUAUGGACAGAGCAUCGGUACCGUUCCUACCGUCGAUCUUGCCGCCAGGUAUGAAGUCGGCGCUGUCGUUCUUCAUUCGCCUCUUAUGUCCGGGAUGAGGGUCGCCUUUCCCAAUACCAAGAGGACCUGGUUCUUCGACGCUUUUCCUAGUAUAGACAAAGUUCCAAAAGUGACGUCGCCUGUUCUGGUCAUUCACGGGACGGAAGACGAAGUCAUAGACUUUAGCCAUGGUCUAGCGAUUUACGAACGAUGUCCAAGACCUGUGGAACCAUUAUGGGUUGAGGGAGCAGGUCACAACGACGUGGAGCUUUACAAUCAGUAUUUGGAACGACUGAAGCAGUUUGUAAGCGUAGAGCUGGUCAACUGACGUCGACUGAGCCUCUCCCAGGGUCAGGGGGGGCAAGUAGGAGGUCAUGUCCGUGCUGGAAACCAGGGUCACUCGGUUUCGAACAAUUCAAACACGACCAGUUCAAUAUCAACAACUUCACCUACAGAAAAACUUCUAUAGCAAUCGCCCUCCGCAGGGGAGACUAUCCCAGUUCUUCCCUGUGACCAGGAUACCUCGCCUCUCUCAAACGAUGAGGUAUUCUACUUCCAAGAGGAUAAAUCUAUCCCGACUAAAAAAGCUGGCAACGAUGCCGGUUCUUCCUCAAUUACAAUAUGUGA